AUGAAUCCAAGUGAUUUAAUGUUAACUCCCCUUCUAUCAAGCACCACCACCAGUAGCAGCGGCGCAAGCAGCGACGCCGACGAAAGUCCGGCGACAUCUCACCGUUUCAUCCCCUACAAGAUCCUCAAAACCCCUUUCUCCGGCUCUUCUUACAGGUCACUCUCCGUCCUCACCGGCCAUGAUGGAUCAGUUUCAUGUCUAGCCAUUUGUGGAGAAUUCAUCCUCAGUGCCUCCCAUGGCAAAGACAUCAUCGUAUGGCAACAGCCUGAUCUCCGGCAGUUCACCAAGUUCGGACAAGGCGACGGAUCCGUCAAGGCCGUGGUGACGGCCGGAAACAAAGUCUUUUCAGCCCAUCAAGAUUCCAGGAUCAGGGUUUGGAAAGUUUCAAGAAGUUCUGAAAACAUUUUCAAACUUGUUGAUACUCUCCCAACCACGAAGGAUUACUUGGGGAAAUUCAUGAAACAAAGCAAUUACGUCCAAACGAGACGACACCACAAGCGAUUAUGGAUCGAACAUGCCGAUAGCAUAUCGUGUUUAACGGUCUACGAUGGGUUGAUUUACUCAGGUUCUUGGGACAAGACUUUGAAGGUCUGGAGGAUCUCCGACUUAAAGUGUUUAGAAUCGAUAAAAGCACAUGAUGACGCUAUAAACUCCUUAAUCGCCAGCAAAGGGAUCGUGUACUCAGCUUCUGCGGAUGGAAAGAUCAAAGCUUGGGGGAGAACAGAUGAUCCCAAAAGCUCACAUUCAUUAAAGGGUAUCUUGGAGGGUCAUAAAGACAUAUCAAUAAACUCAGUGGUGGUUUCCGACGAUGGCACGGUGGUUUACGGCGGAGGAUCAGAUGGGUACAUAAUGGGGUGGUUAGGGAGCAAAGAUAUCGAUAGUUGGAAGAAUGUUUGCGAAGUGAAAGCACAUAAAAUGGCCAUUUUGUGUAUGUGCAUAAAAGGUGAGAUCUUGUGUAGUGGUUCAACCGAUACGAGUAUAUGCAUAUGGAAGAGGGAAGUGAAAGGGUUGACCAAGAUUGGUGUGGUCAAAGGGCAUGGAGGUCCAAUCAAGUGUUUACAGGCAUCACCAAACAGUUUUGGAGGGGGGUUCUUGCUCUACAGUGGAAGUCUGGAUAAAAGUAUUAGGGUUUGGUGGGUUCCACAGUAUGAUGAAGGUGUUAACAACGAAGAUUCCAAUUGUUCAGAUCCAAGUACAGGAAUGAUGAAAUCUGUUCAAUGAUGCUGUGGCAGUCGCAGGUUUCUUGAAGCACUGAUCCCUUUUUUGAGUGUUUACAGUGCCAAGUUUUUGGAUAGUGUUUUUUGUUCAUCUCUUUUGUUUGUUGUUGUUCACAUACAUAAUUGGUCUUUUGCAAUGUUUUUUUCCUUCUUGGUCAGAAAAUCCAAGUGUUGUUAAUGGGGUUUGGUGGUGUGGUAUAGAGAUUAUAGUAAAUGUGAUUCUUUGAAGUUCCAAUUUUCUUGUAACAUGUAAUAGGGAUCAUUAAAUUAAUUUGAUAAAUAUUUUUUCA